AUGUCCUCCGGAAUAAUAGAGUCAUGGGCCGAUGCAGGAGAUGAAUUCUCAGCACCACCCGAUAUCAUAAAUAACCCCGAUGGCACCAAGACUGUCAUUACAUUCAGAACCAAUCAAGAAGGUAAAAAAGUCAAAGUAACGCAAAGAAUCAAAGAAGUUGUCGUACAAGAAAAAGUCCAUCCUUUAAUUGCUAAACGUAAAAACUGGCACAAGUAUGGUAAAGACAGCAAGAAACCUGCUGGUCCUGAUACUUCAACGACACAAUUGGGUGAAAAGGUCGAAUUGAAAUUGGGACUUUCUUGGAAACAAGCAGAAAAGAAGGAAGAGGAAGAUAAACAACAAGAAAGAGCACAAGCUGUUGCUAUACAGACUAUUAAAUGUAGAGUAUGUGGAGGUGAUCAUUAUACUUCUAAAUGUCCAUUCAAGGAUACGUUGGGAGCAGCAGCUGGAUUGACCCCAGGUGGCUCGACUCCAGAGCCAGGCCAAGAAGGAGAAGCCGGUGCUGGUGCUGGUGGUGAAGGCGGUGCUGGUGCUGGAACUGGCCCAGGAAGAUAUGUACCAAGACAUUUAAGACCAGAUGCCAGCGGUAACUUGCCAACAAGAGAAGCAAGAGAUGAUUCAACUACAUUGAAGGUAUCGCAAUUGAACACUUUUGUUGAUGAAGAUAUGUUGAGAAAUGAAUUAUUUGCCAGGUUUGGACCAUUGCAAAGAGUUACUGUGGUUAGAAAUAGGGAAACUGGUGAUAGUAGAGGGUUUGCUUAUGUUAGUUUUGCUACUGAAGAAAUUGCUCAACGUGCUUUGGACUUGUUGAAUGGUAAAGGUUACCAUUCGUUGAUUUUGCAUUUGGAAUGGUCUAAGAAGAAGAAAACUACGUAG